AUGUUGAAUUUCAAAUUAAUUAAUUUUUUAAUUGUAUAUAUAUUUUUUGUUUAUGCUCAUGAAUCUCUAAAUGAAACAAUAGAUGCUCAAAGGGAAUUAGAUAAUUUCUAUUUAUGUGAUUAUAAAUGUGAUACAGGAGAAAUCUGUAUAUAUACUAAUGAGCAAAAUAACAUAUAUAAAUGUAUUAAAAAGGAAGAAUAUGAUAAAGAAUUAAAAAUAGAUGAGAACAAAUCUUCAAAAAAAAGGAAUAGUAAUAAGUGUAAAAAUGAAAAAAAUUGUGAAAUAAGUAGUACAUAUAAAAAAAAAAUCCCGAAAUCAUUUUUAUGUAAUAACAGAGAAUCAAAAAAAUGUGAAAAUCAAAUAUGCUUAAAAAAUAAAAAUAAGAUUAUGUGUUUAUGCCCAAGUGGUCAAAAAUUUGAGAAUAAUAAAUGUACUGAUAUGGUCGUUAUAAAUAAAAAAUGUCCAGAACAUUUAUGUGAUAAUUAUGCUACAUGCUUUUUAAAUGAAUCACAAAUGAAGUUUAAAUGUAUAUGUGAUGAAGGGUAUUGGGGAUUUGGAAAUGUGUGUUUUCCUUUGAAAAAUUCUUUAUCUAAUGAAGGAAGAAAAAAAAAAAAAAAAAAUCGAAAACAAAAAAAUGAUAAUGUAGAAAACAAGGAGAAACCAAUAAUAGAAUCUGAUAAAGAAAAUUUGGAGAAUAUAGGAACUACUAAUGAUUCUAUUUAUAAUAUAGAUAAAACAGAAAAAAUACAAAAUUUAUCAAGAAAAAAAAGAAUUCUAAAUGACGAAGAUUGCAAAAUAGAUUGUGGAUUAAAUGGGAUAUGUAUAAAACGUAAAAAUUAUGAAUUUUGCAUAUGCACAUCUGGUUAUUCAAGUAAUUUGGAGAAUAAUUUUUUAUGUGAAGAACACUGUAAAGUUAAUAAUGGUGGAUGUGAUCCUAAUGCAACGUGUGAAAGUGUUAGUUCUGAGAAUGAAGAAGCAAAUAAUGUUAUAAGAAAAGUUGGGGUUAUUUGCAAAUGCAAAAAUGGAGAUACAAGAUAUAAUGGUUAUUAUUGUAGUUCUAGUUAUUUAAUGAAAUUUAAUUUUUUCAUCCUUAUUUUAUUCUUUUUAUAUUUAUUUCACUGA